GGUAUGCCAAUUCGAAAUGGGGCCAGAAUAGCAGAGAAGCGACGGGCCGGUUAGUUGGGUAACUAAGCUCGGUGAAGUAAAGCCUGUCAAAAUCAAGUGGCAGACGCAGCCCAGGCAGUUCUCGUGUGCCAGUAAGGAACGUAAGCCACGGGUGGUUUCGAUAUCGCGACCCGACUCGAGCCACGGUUUUCGUGUCGUCUUCGUUCUCUAUCGAGGUCUGGGAUCGGUUUUUUUUCACCUCGAUUACGACAGUUUCUCUCGUUCGUUCCAUCUCGCAAGUGCAUCGAUACCGAACGAUCGAUAAGAAUCGAUACCGAACACGUAACGAUUUCACUUAUAUCGGAUUGUGGCCCCGUUUUGAAAAAAGAAAAGAAAAAAAGAAACACGCGAUUCCGUUGUUGUGACAGACGGAGUAGAGCAUGACGAGGAAACAAACGGUGAUCGUGAAGCUUAAGAGAUCCACCACUGAGAAACCCUGGGGAAUAUGUAUCGCCGGAGGCGCUGAUUUGGGCACGCCGAUCGUCGUCACCCGCUCGGAGAACGAGGCGCUCCGGAGGGGUGAUGUGAUCAAGAAAAUCGACGAAUACGACGUGCGAGACGUGAGGCAUGUAGACGCCCAGAGACUCCUUCAAACCUCUGAAUCCAUAAAGCUUGUAGUCGAAAGGUCUGAGCCGUCGUGUGCAUCUCGUAUCAACAUUACCACCACGUCACCUCCGAUUAUCGGGUCGAACGUUGGCAACAGGGCUGCGGUCACUAGUCUGGCUAAACAGCCGAAAGUACCGGCGGAAUUGCCGAAGAGUCCUGUACCACCGGCAACGAUCGAGGAUUUCAGCCGGUCCGCAUCACCGCUGGAUCGUUUCGUGUUGUCGCACGAACAUCUCGACGAGGUUCGCGAGGAAAGGGUCUUUUUGUCGCAGCCGUACCGCACCACCCCAUUGGUCUUGCCAGGCGCAAAGGUCAAGAAGGAUGCUCCGCUCGGGGAAUGUUAUCUGCGCCAUCAUCCGAAUCCGAUGAUCAGAGCGGCGCCACAUCAUUAUGAGCCGGCUCAUCCCGAAGUUGCUAUGAAGCAGAAGGUGGCGGAAACGGUACUUCAACGUGUCUUGGGACCGAACGAAGUUCCAAAGGUUGUACACAAGCAAUUCAACUCGCCGAUCGGCCUCUACUCAGAGCAGAAUAUCGCCGACACUAUUAAAUGCCAAGCGUCCGCCAUACCUCUGAAGAAACCGGGGAAGUACGAUCCGAGCAAGAGCGAGGCUUACAAGGCACUACAAGAGGAAGCCCUUGACGACACAAUGCCGGAAGUGAAACAGCCGGCGCGUACCGGUGUUUUCUCGCCGCAGAAAGUUUAUCAAAACAGGGUACACCAGGUCCGACCAAAGAGUCCUGCACCGUUUGUAGCCAUCCACGACGACGAUGGGGAAAAAAUCCACCAAAGCAAUAGUUUCAAGAGGAUUAUGUACAGUGUGCUGGGACAAACUGAUUAUUAAUUUACAUUUGAACUGACGCUAUACAUAUAUCUUAUUUAUAAUAUACAUAUAUACA